GUUUUUAUCGAACUGGGGUAUUUUAGUGUAUAAUAUGCGCCUAGCUCUCUUUCCAUGUAUUUCUUGUGAUCAGAGAAUUUAUAAGGCCCACUGUGGGAAAUUGAAUUGCAUGGCAUAGAAAUGGCUCUGCAGGGCAAUUAACUCAGAGAUUGAUACCUUUAACACCACAGGAAAUACAUAAUUUUAAAACUGCGUGAACUUUAAGAUUAAAUUUGUGUGUGCGUUUUCAUCACUCUUCUACAAACAUACAGUCCGGCUUAUAAGUUGGUUGAAUGCAAAUCUUCUAUUUGACCAACCAUGGAGAGAGGUGAUUCAAUUCAUAGCGAUGAACAUGAGAAAGAUAUUUUAGAUCCACUUCUCACCAAGGAGGACAGAGUUGUAUUUGGGGAUAAGCAGGAUAAAGUGAAGUGCAACGGAGCUCUAGUAUGGGAGGAAGUAAAGAAACAAUGCUGGAUAGCAGGACCUAUGGUAUUAGUGAGUUUGUUACAGUACAGCUUGCAGGUGAUAUCUGUUAUGGUGGUAGGGCAUGUAGGGGAGCUUGCGCUCUCUAGUGCAUCUAUUGCUACUUCCUUUGCAAGUGUCUCUGGCUUCUCUGUGCUGACGGGAAUGGGAAGUGCAUUGGAAACACUAUGUGGUCAGGCAUACGGAGCAAAGAAAUACCAUCUGCUUGGGAUUCAAGUGCAGAGAGCAAUUUUUGCUCUGUUUUGUGUGAGCAUACCGAUUGCUGUGAUGUGGGCUUACAUGGGCAACAUUCUAAUUGCAUUUGGGCAGGACCCUCUAAUAUCCUUUGAAGCAGGAAAAUUUGCCAGAUGGCUGAUACCCAGCCUGUUUGCUUAUGCAGUUCUUCAACCCCUUCAAAAAUUUCUCCAGUCACAAAGCAUUGUCUUUCCUAUGAUGCUAUGCUCUGCAAUUACUUUGUGUUUCCAUGUUCCCAUCUGCUGGGCUCUGGUAUUUAAAACUGGAUUAGGUAAUAAAGGGGCUGCCUUGGCAAGUAGCAUUUCCAACUGGGUCAAUGUGGCACUUCUUUUACUAUAUAUAAAUUUUUCGCCUGCAUGCAAGAGGACAUGGACAUCCUUUACGAGGGAGGCUUUUCAUGAUAUUAAAGAUUUUCUCAAGCUUGCCAUUCCAUCUUCACUGAUGAUCUGCUUGGAGUAUUGGUCCUAUGAAACGCUGGUUCUCUUGUCUGGCCUGUUGCCCAAUCCAAAGCUUGAGACAUCAGUUCUUUCAAUCAUCCUUAACACUUCUGCUCUAGCAUAUACAAUUCCAUUUGGUUUUGGUGCUGCUGUAAGUACACGAAUUUCAAAUGAAUUAGGAGCUGGACAUUCACGUUCUGCCCGCUUAGCAGUGUAUGUAGUGUUAUUUAUGUCAAUCACAGAGGCAGUCCUGGUGGGAUGCCUUUUAUUCUCUAUACGAAAUGUUUGCGGCUAUGCUUACAGCAAUGAAAAGGAGGUUAUUGAUUAUGUUGCAAGCAUGAUCCCACUGCUAGUAGUCACCUCCCUUUUGGAUGGAAUUCAAGGCUCUCUUUCAGGAGUUGCUAGAGGAUGUGGGCGGCAAAAUUUGGGUGCUUAUAUUAAUCUUGGGGCAUUCUACAUUGUCGGCAUUCCUAUGGCUGUCCUUUUGGCCUUUGUACUACAUGUUGGUGGCAGGGGACUCUGGCUUGGAAUUACCUGUGGUGGAUUUACACAAACAGUUUUACUAUUCCUGAUGACAUCAUGUACAGACUGGGAACAAGAAGCAAGAAAUGCAGAAGAAAGAGUAAAUACAUCAGCAUUAUAUGUGGUUACUCAUGAAUCCAUGAUAUAACAAAGGAUGAUAAAAAUUACGGGCCUUGAUGCUGACAAGUUCAAAUAGUCAAUUUUUAAACUCUUAGAACACAGAAGGUUGAAUUGUGGCUUCCUUGAACUCUAAAAUGUGCUAAGGUACUUCAGCUGUAAUUGCAAUGCCAUAAUGAAAUGAGACAUUUUUCCUUAACAUGUUUGAUUAAACUGGAAACAGUGGCAUCAUUUUUGGAAAGUUGUCCACUGCAACUUGCAAAUGAAUGGCAAGUACUUCUGUUGGUAAUUCUGAUCAAACUCAAAUCAAUGUUCACGAGGACCAUGCAAUUCCUCUCUAUUGUGUUGUUAUACACCGUUAUUCUCUUUAAGAAACUUCGAGCAUC